AUUUUAAAACAGUACCUUGACGGAGAAGAAAGUAAGAUCAGAAACAAAAAUGGGGCACCUACUUCUUCAAAUACCUAAAAUCGGUGGUGAUGAUGGUGAUACUGAGCUUGGUUUGGCGGCGGUUAGGCUAGCCAAUUGCACAGCCCUUCCGAUGGUUUUCAAAGCCGCCAUCGAGCUCGGUGUCAUUGACACUCUCUACGUCGCUGGAUCCGGUUUGUUCCUCACACCUUGUGAGAUAGCGUCACGGCUUCCCACAAAGCCUACUAACCCUGAAGCACCGGCUCUGCUAGACCGUAUGCUACGUUUACUUGCUAGCUACUCCAUCGUCAAGUGCCAAGUCGUCGAAGGUGUGAGGGUCUACAGAGCCGAGCCAAUUUGUCGCUAUUUCUUGAAAGAUAAUGUUGAUCCAGAAUUGGGAACACUUGCUUCUCAGUUCAUUGUAUCACUCGAUAGCGUCUUCCUCAACACAUGGGCACAAUUGAAAGAUGUGGUGCUAGAAGGAGGAGUUGCAUUUGGUCGUGCCCACGGUGGUUUGAAACUCUUCGACUAUAUAAGCAAAGACGAGAGAUUAAGCAAACUCUUUAACCGAACCGGAUUCUCUGUCGGGAUUUUGAAGAAGUUUUUACAGGUUUAUAGAGGUUUCGAAGGAGUUAAUGUGUUGGUUGAUGUAGGAGGAGGAGUUGGAGACACACUUGGCUUUGUUACUGCAAAGUAUCCAAACAUAAAGGGCAUCAAUUUUGAUCUAACUUGUGCUUUGUCACAAGCUCCUUCUUAUCCUAAUGUUGAGAAUGUGGCUGGAGACAUGUUUGUAGAUGUCCCAAGAGGUGAUGUUAUCCUCUUGAAACGUAUACUUCAUGAUUGGACUGAUGAAGACUGUGAAAAGAUUCUGAAGAACUGUUGGAAAGCAUUACCUGAGAAUGGGAAAGUGAUUGUCAUGGAGAUAGUAACUCCGGAUGAAGCAGAGAACAAUGAUGUGCAGUCCAACAUUGCCUUUGACAUGGAUUUGUUGAUGCUUACUCAAUUAUCUGGAGGAAAAGAGAGGUCACAGGCUGAGUUUGAAGCUAUGGCUGCGAAUUCGGGGUUUCUGCGUUGCGACUUUGUAUGCCGCGCAUAUCAUUUAUGGGUCAUUGAGUUCUCUAAGUAAGGUUUUGAAGUUGUAAGCUGAAUCCUCUUGUGUUCUAUAAAGAGGCUGAAGCGUAUCAUGGUAAUGUAAGCAGUUUGGAUCUUGAUUUCAUUGAAUAAAUAAAAUACAUGAUAAUGUGCUUUGGUUAGAAAUUGUAA